GAUCAUAAGAUUAAGCUUAAGGAAAGAGUACGACUAAAGUUCUUUAAGAUUUACUAUACAAGCCAGAUACAGAACGAAGAACUUAAGCAAUAUUUAGAGGAAAACCUUCGAAGAGGAUAUAUCCGCCUGUUAAUAUCGCUAGCAGGCUACCUAAUCCUAUUUAUGCCUAAGAAAGACGGAAAGCUACAGUUAUAUAUCGACUAU